CAGUAAGCAGUCAAAACGUCGCGAUCUACAUCUCAAGUGACUACAUCGUGAGACAAACGAUAAUACACUUUAUUAAUAAUCAAGUAAAAGUUAGGAAAUGCAGGCAGUCUACAACAAGGGAAAGUAUCACUUAUGCCAUGAAGCAUUGUGAAAUGCCAAUUUUGUGCUUCACCAGUCCAUGUUGUGCUAUGUGAAAAACAAAACCCAUACAAUCUUAAUCAAGUAACAAGAAUGUACUGACGGAAACUUUUCUUCAAACUAAAAUUGAAAACUCUGUACAUACCAAUUUCAACAGGAGGAUAUUUAAAGGAACGUUUCUAAAUUGUAAUUUAAAACACAACCAGCAUACUAAGGUAUUGAUACAGUAGACUAACGCAGCAGUGUGUCAUGGAAUGAAAACAGUUUGGACUAUCUGAGUAGCUUUCCUGCUGAUUACUGAGAACAUGGUCUUUAAGAAUAUACAACCUUUUUUGCUCCCCAAUAGUAGUGACCCUUGAAAGUAGGGCACCUCAAAAGCAGGGACCCUGAGAGAAUCAAGCCCCAAAGACUGCAUUCCAGAAGAAACAAGGGUCAUUACUUUUGUAAUGUUAUGGUAGUUGCAGGUGAUGUGGAAGAUGGGUGAUCAACAUUAAUUGGCUUGCUUGUGAAUACUGAUGUAAGGUAAAUUAUUGUCUUAUAGGCUGUUACAGUGAUAAGAAGAAAGCCCAGAGAUUUAAGUGUAGGAACUUAUAUUAAAGAAUUGUUGAAAAAUCUGCAGUCACAAGACAAUUGUAAAAAUGAAAAGGUGGCUGAGUGGGGCAAAAUGAUGCUACAGCAGCCACAUGAGUGGAUGUCAGCAGUUUUAUCAAGCACAUAUUUGAGUAAAGGUUUUGAACUCUCAUCAUCAUCCAGUCAGAAUGAAUUUUCAAGUAAAGGAUUCAAAACCUGUGAAAGAUAUGCACAUUUGCUACAAAGUGUAAUGCUCCAGUAUAAGAAAGUUGAAGAUCCUGUUGUCUUUGUGAAGGAGGAUUACACUGUUCUGCAGAAUAUACUUUUAGGUGCUUUAGAAUUUUUGACACAGGUUACUGAGCAUAGUGAGGGAAGUUUGCCUGUUCCCAAACAGUUGUACCUGGUUUGUGUCAACAGAAUUCAAGAAAUACCAUUUACUCUGGAUGGGUCUUCAAAAGUUAAAUCUAGGAUGGAGGCGAUGGUGGACUCCCUUGUAAAACAUCUUCUUGGGCAUAAUUCAUCUCUGGAGUGUUUGGCUUCUAAAGAGAUAAAAGAUAUCUUGUUGUCAGUGGGAUCUUCUGCCAUGUUCAGAGAUGUCUGUUUACUAAGACUUGCGUGGCACUUACAUGGGUUUGCAGCCUGUCUUAAACUUGUUGCCAAGGGAGAACUUGAAUUUUGUAGCAGGGUGAUGGCAUACCAGACUAUCUUUCAUGUUCUUUAUGUACUUGAGGAGUUAUUGCAGGAGACAUCUUUAAUGGAUCCAUGUCUUGCAACAGUUUCCUCCAUCUAUCAUCAACUUAGUGGUUCUCUGCUGCACAUUUCGCAGGCGUUCCCAGUUUUUUCCCAUUUUUUGUGGAAGCUACAAGUACUGUUGAUGCAACUGCCUUCUUUCUCAGAACCACAAGAAAAACAGACGUAGACCCUUUAGGACCCAUUCUUUGUAGGUAAUUUAUUUGCAGUUAUCCCCAAAGGUGUUUUUCAUAUCACAGAUUCUGAGAUUUUAAAUAAAACUUUGUAAAACUACAUUUCUUGUUUUUACACAUUUGAUUAUUAUCUGUUAACAGAAAGUUUGUCAGUUAUUUUAACAUCUUUCGGAGUUUUUAAAGGAAGCUUAUGUCUAUAACCUGAAAAUAAAGGUUCAAAAGUUAUGUUGUUUGUCAUUUAUGUCAGGCUGGGAGUUUUUGGUACUUUUUGCCUCCACAUGCUUACGGCAUGUUCGUUUGGGAUAUUCAGAAUAAAAAUAUAUUCCGGAAUAGGUAAAUUUUUCGUUUGCCAAAUGAAUGAUUAUUCCUGAUAUUCUGGAUAUUCUGAUAUGCUUGCUGUCUGUUACACGAAAAAGUCAGUGGAUUUUUUUGUCGCUCUGCAACUUUAGCAACAAAAACCACAGGCUCAGAGAAGUGACAAGAUUUUUCAAGGUGGCAUCCAUGGCCAGAAUAUGUGCUAUUCUGUUGUCUGUUUGCACAGAGGAGUUGACGGAGUAUGAGUAUGAGUGUGAAAGUGAUAGCGACAUGGUAGAGGAAUAUUUACCAUUCUUAAUAAUAAUAAUAAUAAUAAUAUUUAAUAUUUCUAAGGCGCAAAUUAACAUGUAAAUAUGAUCAAAUGCGCCUAACAAACCAUAUGGCUAAUAUAAAUUAAACGAUAUGCUAUGAAUAGUGUGAUUAAUUAAAAACUAAUUAUUUACAAUAAUUAUGUACAUUAGGCUAAGGUAACGAGCUAAAAAUUAAAAUAUUAAAAACAAGGGAUCUAGUAAAAAUGUAUAUAAAACAUCAAGAGCUAUUCAAACGCUUUUCUAAAUAAAAAUGUCUUCAGUUUGGA